GUUUCGGAGUUCAUAAACUCUCCUGUCUCCACGUGACUUCCUUUCUGUUUCGGGCUACCAACAUGGACGCCAGUCGCGUGCAGCCUAUCAAGCUCGCAAGAGUAACCAAGGUUCUGGGAAGGACAGGUUCGCAGGGGCAGUGUACCCAGGUUCGAGUGGAGUUCAUGGACGACAGCAACCGAUCGAUCAUCCGGAAUGUGAAGGGGCCGGUGAGGGAGGGGGACGUGCUGACUCUGCUGGAGUCUGAGAGGGAGGCCCGGAGACUGCGCUAGCAGGUCACUGUGGAGACGGGAUGAAUUGAGUUCUGCCUGAGCAUGUGCCGAUUCACAAUAAAAGCAAAGCGAUGCUUGAACAUUAAA